UCCUCGAGAAGAGUUUCUGGUUCCAGCUCAUCAUCAGCGCUGUUUACAGCGUUGACACUUUCUUCUGUCUCGGUGGCAUGCUGGUGUCGUUCCUGUACUUCCGCACGAGUGCGAAGGGCAAGCUGGAGCUGCUGACGAAGGGUCGCCGCACGCUCACCUCCGGAGUCAUACAGUUCUUCGGCCUCAUUGGAUACAGAUUUGCCAGAUUGACUGCCCCCUACCUGUUCAUGCUGGGCGUGGUGGAGGUGACGAUGAAGUGGUUCGCGCACAACGCUGUGUUCGAGCCGCCGGCGCCCGACCACGAGACCUGUCCUCAGUUCUGGUGGAGGAACCUUCUCUAUAUCAACACUCUUUUCCCUGUCGAACAGAUGUGCAUGUUAUGGAGUUGGUAUCUAUCAGAUGACACGCAGUUCUACGCGGUCAGCGCUAUUUUGUUAAUCUUAGCAACGAGGUAA